CCGCUGCUGCCUGCGCUUCUCUGUCUCUCUCACUCUCUCUCUAGCUUUCUCUCACCCCCCCACCCCACCCCCUUUUUACCUCUCUUGUCGAUCUGUCCCUCCCCCCUUCACUCUCUCUCUUUCCCUCUCUGUCUCUCACACAUACACUCAGACACACUCUUUCUCUCUCUCUCCCACUCAUAUAUACAUAAACACACGCGCAUACACAACACACAUGCUCAGGCACACACACGCCCACUCAAUCCAUCAGAGUCCAACAUACCUGUGCAGGCUGGGGGGAAGCGGUGCUGGAGGGGGUUUUCGGCAGCGUUGUCUCUGAGGGUGCUUUGCUAUCAUUUGGGAAAGAAGCGGGUCUCAAUUGUUUUCUCUUUCCUCUUCCUCUCAUUCCUGGAAUGCUAAAACUGGACUGAUGGACAUUUCAGAACUUUGUCUUCCAGACCCUCUCAGCUAUCAUAACCAGGCUUUGUUGUCCAAUUCAUUAGAGAGAUUCCUGAGUCCACUGGCCACGCUGGAGCCCUCUCAUUUCUGGCUGCUGAAUAGAAUGGCCGCUGAUGACCGGCAUCUACCCUCCAGCUGUGGGUCCUACAUCAAGACGGAGCCAUCCAGUCCUUCCUCGGUCAUCGACACGGUCAGCCACCACAGCCCCAGCGGCAACUCGGACGCCAGCGGCGGCUAUGUCAGCACCAUGAACAGCCACUCGAACGGCCUGGACUCUCCUCCUAUGUUCACCCCCAGCGGGCUUGGGGCUGGCACCUGCCGCAAGCGCUAUGACGACUGCUCCAGCACCAUCAUGGAGGACUCGUCCAUAAAGUGCGAAUACAUGUUGAACUCCCUCCCCAAGAGGCUGUGCCUGGUCUGUGGAGAUAUAGCCUCGGGGUAUCACUAUGGGGUAGCCUCUUGUGAGGCCUGCAAAGCCUUUUUUAAAAGGACAAUACAAGGUAACAUAGAAUACAGCUGUCCUGCCACAAAUGAAUGUGAGAUCACAAAACGGAGACGCAAAUCAUGUCAGGCUUGUCGCUUCAUGAAAUGCCUCAAAGUGGGGAUGCUCAAAGAAGGUAAGAAGAGGGUUCGUCUGGACCGUGUGCGAGGGGGCAGACAGAAGUACAAGAGGAGGUUGGACACAGAAAACAAUCCGUACCUGGGCCUGACGCUCCCUCCUCCCACCAAAAAGCCUCUCACAAAGAUAGUGUCUCACCUGUUGGUGGCAGAGCCAGAGAAGAUCUAUGCCAUGCCUGACCCCACCAUGCCGGAGAGUGACAUCAAGGCUCUGACCACGCUCUGUGACCUGGCUGACCGCGAGCUGGUGGUCAUUAUCGGCUGGGCUAAACACAUCCCAGGCUUUUCUACUCUCUCUCUGGGAGACCAGAUGAGUCUGCUGCAGAGCGCCUGGAUGGAGAUCCUCAUCCUCAGCAUCGUGUUCCGCUCGUUGCCGUACGAAGACGAGCUGGUGUACGCCGAGGACUACAUCAUGGAUGAGGAGCACUCGCGGCUGACGGGCCUGCUCGACCUCUACGUGUCCAUCCUGCAGCUGGUCCGCAAAUACAAGAAGCUCAAAGUGGAGAAGGAGGAGUUUGUAACCCUCAAAGCCAUUGCUCUUGCCAACUCAGACUCCAUGCACAUAGAGGACAUGGAGGCAGUCCAGAAGCUUCAGGACGCGCUCCACGAGGCCCUGCAGGACUAUGAGAGCAGCCAGCAUCAGGAGGACCCACGACGGGCUGGCAAACUGCUCAUGACCCUGCCCCUGCUGAGGCAGACAGCCACAAAGGCUGUGCAGCACUUUUACAGCAUCAAAGUGCAGGGCAAGGUGCCCAUGCACAAACUCUUCCUGGAGAUGCUGGAAGCCAAGGUCUGA